AUGGGGAUCACGGUUGAUGAACAGAACCAUGCUUCACGCUUGCACGAGCCUAUUGCCAUCGUGGGCAUGGCCAUGCGGCUGCCUGGCAGAGUAAAUGACAGCGAAUCCUUUUGGCGGAUGCUAAUUGAGAAGCGAAGUGGGCUCUGUGACGUGCCGAAGGACAGGUAUCACCUGGGCGCCUUCCACGAUCCGCAUGGCAAACCGGGAACGGUGCGCAUGCGGCAGGGGUACUUUUUAGACGACGUUGAUGUCCGCCAAUUCGAUAGCAAUGUGUUUUCGAGCCCCAAGAAAGAGCUGGAACGGCUGGACCCGCAGCAGCGCCAGCUCCUCGAAGUCUCGUAUGAGUGCCUGGAGAAUGCGGGAUGCGCCCUGUGGCGGGGUCGAAAUAUCGGCUGCUACGUCGGCGUGUUUGGCCAGGACUGGUUGGACUUGAAUGCUAAGGAGACACAGCAUAUGGGUGCCUAUCGCGUUACGGGCUAUGAUGACUUUGUGCUGGGGAAUCGUAUUUCGUAUGAGUUUGAUCUCCGCGGCCCUAGCAUGACCAUCAAGACUGGAUGCUCCUCAUCAUUGGUAUGCCUUGAUCUCGCCUGUAAGGCGCUGCGCGACGGUGACUGUGACGGUGCAUUGGUUGGUGGAACAAGCUUGAUCUUUUCGCCUACCAUGAGCCUGGCACUUAGUGAUCAGGGUGUGCUAUCUCCGACUGGAACAUGCAAGACAUUUGAUGCAUCUGCCGAUGGUUACGGGCGUGGUGAAGCAAUCAACGCUAUCUACAUCAAGACCUUACGACAGGCCAUACAGGGCGGAGAUCCCAUUAGGGCAGUCAUCCGAGGUACGAGCGUUAACUGUGACGGACAGACCCAGGGAAUGCUCACCCCGAGCCCAACCGCGCAAGAGGCACUGAUGCGCCGUGCUUAUGCGAUGGCCGGUAUUACUGACUUCGGCCAGACGGCCAUGAUCGAAUGCCAUGGUACCGGCACCUCCGUGGGAGAUCCUCUCGAGACCACCGCCGUGGCCAAGUGCUUUGGCGAGACUGGUAUAAUCAUUACCUCGGUCAAACCCAAUGUCGGCCACUCCGAGGGGGCGGCCGGCUUGACGAGUCUCAUAAAAGGAGUUUUGGCACUGGAACACCGUCAAGUGCCGCCUAAUAUCCACUUUUCCGAACCAAACCCCGAUAUCCCUUUUAAGACAGGCAAACUGCACGUCCCUGUGGAGGUUGAGCCAUGGCCUGCGGACCGUGCCGAGCGAGUCAGCGUCAACUCUUUCGGAAUCGGCGGUGUCAAUGCCCAUGUUAUACUUGAAUCCCCCCGCCAAUGCGGGAUUGUCGAUCAGAUGUCACGCCCCAACCCUGUUGUUGGGGAAGAGAACGCCAAUUUGCUGCUCUUCUCCGCCCACAGCGCAGUCUCCCUGCAGGCUUCCAUCGCCGCACAUCAAGCGUACGUUGAGGAAGGUCAUGCCCCCUUGCAGGAUGUGGCAUACACGCUCGCCAAUCGCCGGCCCCAUCACACCUAUCGCGCUUAUGCGGUUACAGGCGACCAAAGGUCCUGGAAUGUUUCGACAGUGGAAGCUGCCAGUUUACCUCCACGCAUUGUGUGGGUAUUCACGGGUCAGGGAGCACAAUGGCCGCAGAUGGGGGCAGAGCUUCUGGAGGUAAAUGCCACCUUUCGAGACACAAUUCAGAAGUUGGACCGUUUUCUACGCACACUACCCAGUCCACCGCCAUGGACCAUCGAAGCUGAGCUACGCAAGCCAGAUACGAUCAGUCGAAUCCACGAAGCCGUCAUGGGCCACCCCCUGUCCAUUGCCCUCCAGAUUGGGCUUAUUGAUGUGCUGCGGUCCUGGGGCAUCGUCCCCACGGCUGUGCUGGGUCACUCAUCGGGGGAGAUGGCAGCGGCAUAUGCCUCCGGUGCCAUCACUGCCGAGGAGGCGAUGGCUGCAGCCACCUUCCGAGGCGCGAGCCAUGAGACCUCCUCCCGCAAAGGAAGCAUGGCGGCCAUCGGCCUUGGUCCCAAAGAAGUGCGGCCCCUACUCCAACAAGGAGUCGUGAUUGCUUGCGAAAACAGUCAUCAGAGCGUGACGAUCUCCGGGGACACCGAAAGGGUCGAGGAGGUUGUGCGUCUUAUCCAAGAGGAGCAACCAGGGACUUUCGCACGCUUCCUACGCGUGGAGAAGGCUUUCCAUUCUCACCAUAUGCAGGAGUAUGGACCUCACUACGAAGAGCAUCUCCAGCCAUUUCUUCAAAGCAGGUGCCCCGAGGUCCCCUUUUACUCGACGGUCACGGGAGACAGGUUAGCGGGAGAUGGCUUGGGCGCCACUUACUGGCGUCAGAAUAUGGAGAGCCCGGUGCUAUUCAACGCCUGCCUCCGCUCCGUCCUACGGGACUACUCUGAUAAGCUUAUUUUUGUCGAAAUUGGACCGCACCCUGCGCUCAAAGGCCCUAUCCGACAGAUCCUUCACGACGUCCAACGACCCGACGUCGGGCACGUGGGAACUCUCCAACAAUGCCAGGAAAGCCUCCUGCAAUGUGCAGGCACGCUGUUUCAGCAUAAUGUUUCCCUUGAUCUCGCAAUGGUCUGCCCCCCGGGUCAGUGUGUCAAGGACCUGCCCCGUUAUGCCUGGCAGAAAGACGUGUCCCACUGGGCUGAGCCACGCCUUGCGCGAGACUGGCGCUUUCGAGCAUAUCCGCCGCACGAACUGCUGGGAAGCCGGGUGAUUGAAAUGGGCCAUGAGCCGUCAUGGAGGAAUGUACUGGCCUUGGAGCACAUUCCUUGGCUGGAAGGCCAUCGCGUCAGUGAUCACACGGUGUUUCCUGCGGCAGGUUAUGUUUCUAUGAUCGGGGAGGCUCUGCUUCAAUUAGAAGGCGAACCAGCUUACUCGCUUAGAAACAUCAGCAUCAGUACAGCAUUGACGUUGCAGACGGAAAGGUCGACAGAGAUCCUGACAAGUCUCCGCCCGAUAUCACUGGACUCAUCUGAGGCGUCUCCAUGGUAUUCAUUCAGCAUUAGCUCCUUUGAUGGAACUCGCUGGGUGCGAAACUGCUAUGGUGAGGCUAGAGCGUCCGUGGAUGAAUCUGUAUCUAGGAACGCGGAUAUGUUAGCGGUACCACUGCCGCGUCCAGUUGAUCAAAGAACUUGGUAUAAUGUCCUACGUCAGGUGGGCUUGGAUUACACGGGGGCAUUCCGUGGUCUGCAAUCCAUCUCAGCUGCGACAGUGGACAACAGAGCUACUGCGACCGUCCCGUUGCAGAAAAUCCACGGAAGUGCACAUUAUGCGGUCCAUCCCGGACUGAUCGACCAGUGCUUCCAGUUAAUCACCGUGUCUGUCUGUCGCGGCCAAGCACGGAAAUGCCGUCAUCCCGCCGUCCCAACCUUCAUCGAAGAGAUGGUCAUUAUUCCCACCAAGGGUAGUGUAGAGGUGAUUUCAUAUAUCCCUACAUCUGAGGGAGGAUCAUACGUUGGCGAGCUUGUUGCCCAAUCAGCAGGCGAGCUUGUCCUCUCCGUGAAAGGGUUCAAGGCCUCUGCCCUCACUGCAGCGAGUCCUGUCUCGGAAGAUGUACCGCUGAUAACACAGUUGGAGUGGAAACGAGACGCCGACUUCGCUGAUUUAGCCAAAUUGAUGUACCCCAGUAGGCAAUGCCCUUCCGAAUGGGCUCUACUGGAGGAACUUGUACUUUUGUGUAUGCUGGAGCAUCGGUGCCAGCUACAGGUCGACGAGCAGACCCCCGAGCAUCUCCGGGUGUUCUUUGCCUGGCAAAAGACUCAGCUAGACCGAUACAGGAGAGGGAAGAACAUUUUGGUGCCUGCAGAUCUCGAACUCGAAAGAAUGAGCCGUGCCAAUCGUCUGGCUCGCGUGGAUGCCCUAGUGGCCCAAAUGAAGGCCUCGCCAUAUGCAGUCUUCGCCACCGCGGUACAUCGCCUUUUCAUGGCCGCUCCAACAAUCUUCACCGGUGAAGCCCAUCCGCUACAGGUCCUCCGGCAAAACCAAAUCUUUGAGGAGUUUUGUGCUAUCACGGACUCUUUAGAAUACGCAGAUGCGGUGGCGCUCUUAGGUCAUAGCAACCCCGUCAUGCGUGUCCUGGAGGUCGGCGCUGGGACAGGCGGAACGACCCGGAAGAUCCUCCAGGCACUUACCUCGUCUAAUGGCGAGCGAUUAUACAGUAGCUAUACCUAUAGCGAUGUUUCACCGGAAUCCUUAGCGACAGCACAGGAGCAGUUUGCCGACCGCGAGGGCAUGCUAUACGUUGCCUAUGAUAUCGCGCAAGACCCUGCAACGCAGGGCCUUGAGCUGGGGCAGUACGACUUAAUCGUUGCUAGUAAUGUCGUGCAUGCCACGCCAUGUUUGCAGACAUCUCUUCGACACCUCCGCAGUUUGCUGAGCCCCCGAGGCCGUCUUUUCUUGCAUGAGCUCUGUCCUGAGGCCAAAUUUUACAAUUAUGUUAUGGGAUAUUUACCUGGGUGGUGGCUUGGACGGGCGGACAAUCGCCUCGAUCAGCCAUAUGUUUCAGCGGACCGAUGGACCCAGGAACUAAUUGCUGCAGGCUUUGAGGAGCCCGAUGCCGUUGUGCUUGAUGGGGUUGUUCCAUAUCAUAGCAAUGCAGGCAUGAUCGUUUCAACGGCCCGUCCGCGAACAAUUCCCUCUCGGGUGACUCUGUUGUGUUACACCCCUACAGAAACAUACGUGGAAGCUCUUAUUCAGCUCCUCCAUGAAUUAGAGUUUUCCGUGGACAUCUGCACCCUAGGCGAGCCUCUGCCCCCCACGCAGGAUGUAAUAUCUGUGCUAGACCUGCAAGAGCCUACAAUCCACGGCAUGUCAGAGACAACGUUCAAGGUAAUACUGGGAUACUUACAAACACUCAAGAAGAAGAUUCUGUGGGUCACCAGUGCGUCACAGGUGAAAUGCAAAGAUCCCAGAGCUUCCAUGAUUCUAGGACUGGCGCGCACCGCCCGUAAUGAGUUGUCGGCUAGGCUGAUGACGGUGGAGGUGGACAACGUGACCCCGAGCUCGACUGCAGCAUAUUUGACGAUCAGAAUCUUUCUCCGUAGUCCCCUUUCUGACCUUGGGCCUGAUUUCAUGAAUCCGGAUUGGGAAUAUGCUAUCGUUGACGGGGAGGUUUUGGUGCCCCGUGCACAUUGGACUAAUAUCUCCGAGGCCUUUUCGCAUCUUCGCACCUCGGCCCCCUCAACGCGGAAACAGCUCGCUAUUGAGACGCCGGGCUUGCUACACACCGUAGGCUGGAAGGAGAACGAGAUUGGCAGCUUGGCAGACGACGAGGUCCUCGUUGAGACCAAAGCAGUCGGCUUAAACUUUCGUGAUGUGCUGAUCGGUCUGGGGGUGCUUGACAACAGUGCUAGAGAGGUGGGACUUGAAGGCGCUGGCACUAUACGAGCCGUCGGUGCCCAGGUCGAAACUCUCUCUGUCGGUGACCAUGUAAUGUAUAUGUCUAGUGGGUGCUUCCGCGACCCAUCUGCUAUGGCUCUGGUGGAUAAGGCAAGAUUGAGCAAGGGUCAGUCCGUUUUGAUCCAUUCUGCGUGCGGUGGAGUCGAUUUGGCUGCGAUUCAAAUCGCCCAGAUGAUAGGAGCACAGAUAUACUGCACCGUGGGGAAUGAGGAGAAGGCACAGUAUCUGUUCGACCAUUAUCAAAUCCCGCGCGAGAACAUCUUUCAUUCCCGAGAUGCAUCCUUCCAGCGGGACAUCAUGAUAGCCACCAGAAAUCGUGGUGUUGAUGUGGUGCUCAAUUCCUUGUCCGGGGAACUAUUGUUGGCCUCAUGGAAAUGUGUCGCAGAGUUUGGGACCAUGGUCGAGAUCGGCAAACGAGACUUCCGCCGCCGUGCAAAGCUUUCCAUGGAGGCCUUCGAAGCCAAUCGAACAUUUGUUGGUCUUGACCUCUGGCAGCUAUCUCAACAAAGGCCCAGGCAAGCCGCUGAGCUCCUAGAGCGUUGUGCGGACUGGAUACGGUCUGGGGCCAUCUCCUUAGAUGCCCCGGCCAACAUCUUCCCGGCCAACCGAAUCCAAGAUGCCUUCAGAUUCAUGCAGGCAGGUCGACACAUUGGGAAAAUUAUUAUUACUAUGCCUGAUGACCCCAUUGAUCUUGGAUCAGUGCCUGGGAAACCCUCCAUCACUCUGCGGCCUGACCGCAGCUACCUUCUUGUGGGUGGGCUAGGGGGGCUGGGCCGCGCGGUAGCUUCCUGGAUGGUCGAGCUCGGGGCCCGACAUCUCAUCUUCCUCUCCCGCUCUGCCGGCCAGCUUCCUGAGACUGUCCAGUUUGCAGCUGAGCUUCGAUCCCAGGGUUGUGAGGUCCAAUUGAUUACAGGCAGCGUAUCUGAGACAGAUGAUGUCCAUAAUGCAGUUAAUGCAGCGACUAUGCCAGUGGCUGGCGUCAUAAAUAUGUCGAUGAUCUUAAAGGAUGUAUCACUGGCGGACAUGAACUUCUCCGACUGGACUAGCGUGGUGGAACCCAAGGUUCAGGGGACCUGGAAUUUGCACCAUGCCACCUCUGCUGACCUGGACUUCUUCAUUCUAUUCUCUUCGUAUAGUGGGAUUGCUGGUCAAUGGGGACAGGCAAACUAUGCGGCCGCCAACUCCUUUCUUGAUGCUUUUGUGCAAUAUCGACAUGGAAAGGGCCUGCCAGCAUCGGUGAUAGAUGUCGGCGUUAUGGGUGAGGUGGGUUUUGUAUCACAGAAUGAGGCUCUAUUCGACCGCUUCGCGAAGAGUGGUAUGCAUAUCUUGAAGGAGCAGGAUCUUCUGGAUGCAAUGGUUCUCGCCAUCGCACGAUCAGCUCCUAGACCCACCGGAGCCCAGGCUGAGGCGUACUGCAAUGCCAGUCAGAUUCUACUCGGUGUACACACUACCGUUCCCAUAUCGACCCGCUCCAGCCGAGUAGCCUGGAAGAACGACAUUCGGAUGAGCAUCUAUCAUAAUAUACAUGGGGGCAGCGAGGUAUCCCCGGCUGGAACCUCAGACCAAAACAGCCUCCGGGGAUUCCUUGCUGCAUGUGGCUCUCGACCCGAGAUCCUGGAAGAAGAAGAAGCCACAACAAGGAUUGCGCAGUCAUUGGGCUUGGCGCUAGCAAACUUUCUCCUGCGGGAUGCUCAGAGCAUCAGUGCCCAUGAUUCCCUUCCUGCUCUAGGGGUCGACUCUCUUGUGGCCAUGGAGGUCCGAAACUGGAUUCGGCAACAGCUCGAUGUGGAUGUCAGUGUCUUUUUGCUCCUGCAAAGCCUGUCGCUACUGCAUGUAGCUGAUCACCUUCGCCUGGCCCUUAACGCUCGCAUGGCGGCCAACGGGCCUACCUCCGUCGAGGCAUCGUAGAUGCAGCAUGUAGUCCCGAUACAGCCGAUAUGCAAUCCCAAUCCCCCGUGUGUCGAACUUGCCAGAGAGCGUCAGCUCUGCUGAUUGGGGAUAUUGUAUACCUUUUAAGGUGCUAC